GGAGAGCCAGGAAGAGAGGAGACACGGGACAGAGCUCCCCAAUAAGGGACUGAGUCAUAAUUUAGUUAUAACCCUAGUCAUAAUUUAUAUAAGCCUCCUCACAGCCUGAGGGAACACGGAGGAGUUUUUAUCGCACAUUUUAUUUCUGAAACGAAACUAAAAAUAAAGGGGGAGGGCAACUUCCGGUUGGCGCCAGAAGAAGCCGUGCUCAGUGCUGUGCUGCUCCAGGGAUACUUCCGGUUGGCGCCAUAAGAAGCUGCGUUCAGUACUGUGCUUGUUGCUAUAGUUAUUGUUGCUGUGCUAGGUGUUAUUGUUGUAUUCUCAUCAUGGUGAAAACUCCGCUCAAGGUGUGUGCUUUCUGUGGGCAGACAGGUGGAGGAGAGUUGGGAGGUCUGCAGAACACCACUGACAAGUCUAUCCUCGCUCACUAUAACUGUCUGAUUUUCUCACCACUUGUGUUUACAACGGACGACGAGGAUGAUCCGCAAUUUGUUAUUGCGUCUGUGCGAGCAGAGAUUAAAAGAGGAAAAUCACUGAAAUGUUCAUACUGUAAACAACACGGAGCUACUAUUGGUUGUGAAGUAAAAAGAUGUCAGAAAACUUACCAUUAUGAAUGUGUGGAAAAAGACCAAGGCACUAGAGAUGACGAAAACUAUCAUGUCUAUUGUGCUAAACAUAUUCAAGAAGCAAAAACGGACAGCGAUGCUCCAGAAGAAGAAACUGAAAGUUCCAAAACGGCAGAUGAACCACCCACGGAAAAGGAAAAUGCGAGAUGUUCGUACUGUAAAAGAAAGGGACCUACUAUUGGUUGUGUCAUAGAAACUUGCCGUAAAACGUACCAUAUAGCGUGUGUGGAAAAAGACGAAGGUGUUUUAGACACCGUUGGAGAUGACCAACAUGUUGCCUAUUGUUUUAAACAUGCAGAAAAGGACCCUGCUUCUCCAGAAGGAAGUGAAAGAUCCGAAACACCAGAUAGUCCAUCCACAUCGUAUACAACUUCGGAGAGGAAGACUCGUAAAUCUACACCAGGCAAAUUUUCCUCUCCACGGGCAGAAAAAAAGAAUGCUGAACAAGAUGAGGAAUGGCCCGGAUCAGAAGGUCAAUCCACAUCAUCUGGAACUAGACAAUUGGGGAAGAGGACACGUUCAGCUACUCCACGUAGCGUUUCCUCUCCACGAGCAAAAAAAAGGAACGCUAUACAAGACACGGAUAGUUCCGGAUCAUCAGAACACCCAUCCACAUCUGGAGCUAGGUCAUCGCGGACAAGGAAUCGUAACUCUGACCUAGGUGACUAUUCCCCUAAAAAGACAAGCGAUGCAGAAGAAGUUGACACGUCUAGAUCAUCAAGCAGUUCAUCUGCGUCAGAUGAAACACCAGCAAGGCAGAAGAUGAAGCGAAAAUCUAGCCCAAGGCAGAUUUUCAAACAAACCACGAAGCGUACAAGGGCAAAAAAGAAUGUUAAGGAUCAACAGACAAAGUCGGCAUCACCAGUGAAGUCAAAAGCUCGGCGUGGCAGACCACCUUCUAAAAAGAAAGGACAGGGAGCAGCAAGUCCACAGAAGAAAAGCAAAACCGUUGCUUCUGAAGACGAACAGAAAAGUGAUGGAGAUGCAGAGGGAGAAGAGAUGAAUGCACAGGAUAGUGGGGAAGAGAUGGAAGGGGUGGAUGUACGGGCUAGAACUGCAGAGGUGGAGUCCCCCAAGCGAAGAUCCACGCGACUCAGCCAAACGAUAAAGGACACUUGUAUUCCAAGUACUUCCCAGGCACGCUUUGAUAUAAAUGAGUCCUAUUUUACCAAAUUAUAUGAGAGCCAAUGUAAAAUAGCUAAUUCAAUUGAAAGUGGAGUCAGUGAAUUUCGUAAUUUUGCACAGCAGUUUCAAACAUCGUUCAAGCAGUUCUUGGACAUCUGUCAGUCAUUGAAGCAUGGUAUUGGUAGCAAUAUUACAAAUGCACAUGGACAGAUUACAUCAGCAGAAGUUCACCACAGACCAGAUGUUUCACCAGAUCAAUUACCACUAUCACACAAUAAUUCACAUAGCCCAUCCAGUAUUAUUGACAGUGCCGACGAUGCUGACACUAAUAUCAACAUGCUUUCACCAGAACACACUCCCACAAAAGAGCCAUCCAUAGAUGCUAAUGACAGUGCCAACGAUAAUAUCGACGCACUUUCAGAAAACACUCCAACCAGUGAUGGAAAAGAGCCAUCCAGAGAUGCUAAUGACAGUGAAAACGAUGUCGACACUAAUAUCGUAACGCUGCCAUCAGAAAGCACUCCCCCCAAUGAUGCAAAAGGGCCAUCACAAAAAACUAAUGGCAGUGCCAGCGAUGCUGACAUUAUCGAUACGCCCUCACCAGAAAACACUCCCAGAAAAACGCGCUCUUCAUUGGCUGGCAAAACUAAACGCCGCUAGAUACCUUUUUGGUCUUAAUUUCAUGGUCCAUUUUUGAAUGGUUGUAAUUGAUUUUACCAUUUGUUGUAUACCUUGAAGAAAUUUACAUUUCCAAAUUAGGCUGAUUAAAGUUUUUCAUUUUUGUAA